AUGAAAUUGACUUCGUAUAGUAUACUUUUAUUACUAUUUUCAUUACCAAAUUCCUACUCUUUCUUUUUCAAGAGUAGAAAUGCUCCCUUAAAAGUAUUUUCUGGUCCCAUUAAGGUGGCAAUUAUGGGCUCAACUGGUUCAGUUGGGACACAAGCACUGGACGUUAUUAGGAACAUAAAUAAAUUGGAAAGCAAUUCAGGACCAAAAUUUGAGGUUGUAGCACUAACGGCAAAUAGUAACUAUAAACUACUGUCUCAGCAGGUUAACGAGUUCAGGCCUGAAGUUUGCCACAUUUUAAAAAACUACGAAAAAAUGCCUGAAUUAUUGAAAACCAAGUGUAAAAUAUUAAACGAAAAGUCUGACUUGAUGGAUUUAUGUAGAAAUUUUGAUUAUGACAUAAUACUGAUGGCAAUUUCAGGCUGUGAUGGGAUAGAACCCACACUGGCCGCAGCAAAAAGUGGUAAAAAAAUCGCACUUUCAAAUAAAGAAUCGGUGGUUUCUGCUGGAAGCCUUUUAAGUAAAGUAGUUAAGAAGUCAAAAACAACAGUGCUACCGGUGGACUCGGAGCAUAAUGCAAUUUUUCAGUGUCUGGAUGAUGGCACAGUUGAUACCAGAAAAUCAACUUACGUGUGUAGCAUAUCAUCGCAGGCCCUAGCUAAGGUUAAGAAUUUAAUUUUAACGAGUAGUGGAGGUCCAUUUAACGGCAAAAAAUAUACGGAGUACAAAAACCUAAGGAGUACAGAUAAUAUAAAUCACCCGGUUUGGCAAAUGGGCUCUAAGAUCACUGUUGAUUCUUCAACAAUGAUGAACAAAGCACUAGAGGUUUUAGAAGCGCACCAUCUCUUUGGACUACCUCUAGAUAGUAUUAAAAUCCUAGUUCACAAGGAGUGCGUUGUUCAUUCUCUAGUUGAGUUCAUCGACAAUUCAGUGCUGUGUCAAAUGUAUUUGCCUGACAUGAAACUUCCUAUAUCUCAUGCAUUGCAUUGGCCUAACAGGACCAAAAAUGCUCUUCCAUCACUUGAUUUAAGGGGCCGAAAUCUCAGUUUCAAGGAGGCCGACUAUGAAAAUUUCCCAUUUUUAGGUCUCGGUUACGAAGUUGGCAGGAUGGGUGGUCUUUACCCUGCAGUUUUCAAUGCUGCCAACGACGUUGCAAACGGUUUAUUUAGGUCUAAUAAAAUAGAUUACGAAAAACUUUACCAGAUUGUUCGUGAAACUGUAGAGUCGUUCAAUAAACCUGACCUCAGUGAUGACAUUUUACAGGACAUAUUGUACGCCGAUUCAUGGGCAAAAGAUACUGCAAACAGAAUGUAUUCCAAGGUGGCAAUUUGACAUUUUAAUAAACCACCACUGUUUUUCACUUUGUUAACAAAUUAUAAUAUUAUAAUUCAACA